AUGGUGGAGGCCGCAGCGGUGGCCGAAAGGGAGCAAUGGUCCUCUUGGGCCGACUUCAUCAUGAGCUGCAUCGGCUACGCGAUCGGACUCGGCAACGUCUGGCGGUUUCCGUACCUCUGCUAUCAGAACGGAGGAGGUAAUAACACGUUGCCUCUUUUCGCCUACUGUUUUUCACAAGUGUGACGAAACCCGAUCCGGGCUGCUCAAAGAUUACGUCUUCCCCCCGAGCCUCCUCGCUCAUCAAUCAUCGCUUGUUGUCCGAGAUUAAUAAGAGGGGGGUGUGAAUUCGGUGUAACUCGGGAGGGUCCCUGGAUCGGUCGGGCGGGGGGAGGGGGAAUAGGACAAUUUGUCAGUCAGACGGGAAGGGUAUCCCCGCAAUUUGUCACUCGGGGCGAUGUCUCCUGUCGUGCCUCCCGCCUGCUCUUUGCCAACAUAAAUCACACAAUUUGCAGGCGCCUUCCUCAUCCCGUACUGCAUAUCGCUCGUCUUCUGUGGAGCACCUCUCUUCAUUCUCGAGACGUCAUGGGGACAACUUCUGUCUGUCGGAGGACUCGGCAUGUUCAAGAUCUGUCCGAUAUUCAAAGGCGUCGGAAUCGCCGCCGCCGUGAUGGCUUUCUGGCUCAACAUCUACUACAUUGUCGUGCUCUCCUGGGCGUCCACGUAUCUCUAUAACUCGUUCACACUCGGCGAUGUGCCAUGGAGGAACUGUGAUCAUCCGUGGAACACUCCAAAGUGCCGGUCAGAGUACAUCAAGAUUCCGUGUGAUAGCAACCGGACGAUUGCCGAGUUUUUCAAUGUGAAAGUUCUCACUCAUGAUCACAUUCACGAGUACAAGAAGCAGUUUUUCGUCGGACCGAAAGCCAAUUUUACUGUGUGCACCGCCGCCGAUCUCUCUGUUGUUUCGCCUGUCAAAGAGUUCUGGAAUCAUCGUGUUCUCGGGCUGUCUGCUGGUCUCGAACACCCCGGAGGCCUCCGUUACGAUCUUGCCAUCUUCCUCUUCUUCGUUUGGGUAGUCUGUUAUCUGUGCAUCUUCAAGGGAGUCAAGUGGACCGGAAAGGUCGUUUACCUCACUGCUUCCUUCCCCUACAUCAUGCUCUUCUGCCUUCUCAUCCGUGGAUUGACUCUUGACGGAGCUGGAGUCGGACUCGAGUUCUACCUGAAACCCGAUUUCAGCAAGUUGUUGGAGUCUAAAGUGUGGGUGGAUGCAGUCACUCAAGUGUUCUUCUCCUAUGGCCUCGGACUUGGAGCUCUUGUCGCUCUGGGAAGUUAUAACAAGUUCAACAACAAUGUUUACAAGUAAGUUCACCGAUGUGAGCCUGCCCAAUCUAUCCGAUUUUACAGACAAGCCCUCACGGUGUGCUUUGUGAACAGUGGAACUUCCGUGUUUGCCGGUUUUGUGAUCUUCUCCUUCAUCGGAUUCAUGGCCACUCAACAGGAGAAAAGUGUCGCGGAGGUGGCUCAAGCCGGCCCGGGACUUCUGUUCCUCGCCUAUCCUUCUGGAAUCCUCCAACUACCGUACACUCAAUUCUGGUCGGUUCUUUUCUUCCUGAUGGUUCUCUUCUUGGGAGUUGACUCUCAAUUCUGCACAAUGGAAGGAUUCUUCACCGCCAUAAUCGACGAGUUCCCUCAACUAACUCGGAAUCGGAAGUAUGGAAGAGAGAUAUUCGUCGGAGUGAUCUGUGUGAUCUCCUAUCUGAUCGGCCUCACCACUGUCACCGAAGGCGGCUUCUACGUCUUCCAACUGUUCGAUUUCUACGCCGCCUCCGGAUGGGCUCUUCUCUGGCUUCUCUUCUUCGAAUGCAUCGCCAUCUCGUGGAGUCUCGGCAUUGACCGUUGGUAUGAUCACAUGAAGAGCAUGAUCGGAUACUAUCCGAGCAACUGGUGGAAGUUCUGCUGGGUGUUCGCCACUCCGGCCGUCUGCUUCGGAGUUCUCAUGUUUGGUCUCAUCAAGUAUCAACCGCUUCGCAUCGACGCCUACAACUACGACUAUCCCGUCUGGGGUCACAUUUUCGGAUGGUUCCUCUCGCUCUCUUCGAUGCUCUGCAUUCCCGGCUACGCGAUUUACAUUUGGUUCAAGACUCCCGGAACUUUCAGAGAGGUUUGAGUGCACAUCUGAUUCUAAACUCUGUCUUCUUACAGAAAGUGAAGAUUCUCUGCCGUCCAGACAUCGAGAUCAAAGGAGCCAUGGAAAACGCCGAAAAUCUCGAGCUCGUUGAAGAUUUCCAGAACGCCUAA